UACUCGUACAAGAGAAAAACUAGAGUUGCAAAUAUUGAAGAGUAUAAGGAAAAAGUAAACCCUAUUUGUUGGAAUAAGACUUUAUUAUUAUUGUUAUCAAAUCAAGUUUAAUCAAACAUGUAUUUUUAACUCAAACUUGUAUCUAGUAUGGAGUAUUCAAAUCACAUUUAAAUACUCAAAUACUCCAAUCUAAAUUUAAGAACUCUAAAAUCAUACGGAGCGAGAUCAAAUUAAGAUCAAAUACGUCUUUGUGCCUCUUUAAAUUAAAAAAAAAUUUCACGGAUUCACCAUGACUCCUAAAGUCCUAAGUCCUAACCACUAAACCCAAACUCUAAAUUCAUUUUCCAAUUAAAAGUUCGAAUGAUAGCAUUUGGGUUUCACUUGGCCCAAACCCGUUCAACUCCGGUCACCGGUAACCACCAUUUUCCGGCGGCGCCUUCUUUAUGCCGAGGUUAUGAUAAUUUAUAGCAGUAGCAUGACACACCACGAAUGAUUUGGACUUUGGAGUUCAAAUUUCUAGUAUGGUGACAACUAUCACACAUUGUAAUGUUUUCGUUCCUCAAUCACAUCAUUAUAUCGUCUUUAAUCGACAUCAUUUCGUACUUGAGCAAUGUAAAUUUUAUUAUGGGUACCGCGGUACUAGUCAUGCUUCCAUUUAUUGCAAUUCCAAGUUCAAUCAUACUGCUAUAACACAGCAAAAUCAGUGUAGUUCUUUCCUUGGUUCUCACACUGAACAUAAUCUUAAUCGAAACAAGGAUUUGAUCAAUGAAUCUUCAGUAGAUGAGCUGAUUAAAGAGCUUACUUAUGUAGGAUUCUAUGUUGAUGCUGUCAAGCUUUAUAUUGGCAUGUUGGAGGAUGGUUUUAUCCCAAAUGUCUUUUAUUCCUUUCCUGUUUUGGUUAAGGCAAUUGGCGGUGUUUGUGAUUUGAACUUGGCUAGGCAAGUUCAUGGGCAUAUGCUGAAGUUAGGUGUGAUCAAGUAUAUAUCUGUAGCAAAUUCUCUUUUAAGCACGUUUUGGAAAUGUGGUGCUAGUGAUGAUGCAAUAAGUAUGUUUAAGACAAUGCAAGAGAGGGAUUCAGUUUCGUGGAGCACUAUGAUUUCUGGCUUUCAUCAAUCAAGGUUGUAUAUUAGUUCACUGGAAUGGUUUACACGCAUGGUUUGUGAAUUCGGAAUAUAUCCCAAUAGGGUAGCUUGCAUUUCAGUGCUUUCCUCAUGUACUUCGGUUAAGUCUCUAAUACAUGGGCAAGAAAUGCAUGCUUUUGUGAUUAAAAGUGGGUUGGAUGUUGAUGAGUUUGUUUUGAGUGGAUUGCUUGAGUUUUAUAUGAGAUGUUGUGUUGUAAGUUAUGCAGAACAACUAUUUCUGAGCGUUGUUGGGUCUAUGAGAGAAAAUACCGUGUUAUGGAAUGUUAUGAUUUUGGGGUAUGUGGAGAAUAGCUGUUACUCACAGGCACUGCGUUCUUUCAUUGAAAUGAUGGUUUCAGGGGUUAAAUUUGAUUCUUCUACUAUGGUUGCUAUUCUUGUCUUGUGCUCAAAGUCCUUAAAUCUAGCCUUUGGAAAGCAAAUUCAUGCACUUAUUAUUAAAACUGGUUUGGAGAUAGAUGUUAGAGUUGGAACCUCAAUGAUAGACAUGUACUUUAUUUGUGGUAAUCCUGAUUCAGGAUUACAGUUAUUUGACAGGUUUCAUAAUCAUAAUAUAGUCAUGUGGGGUACAGUAAUCACAAAUUGUGCUCGAUGUGGAUCUUCUAGAAAAGCAUUAGAUCUGUUUGUUGUUGGACUGGAGCAUGGUUAUCUGGAUUUGGUCAUGUUAUUAGCUGCAUUACGAGCAUGUUCAUCUCUGUCAGUUAAGCUUGAGGGCAUGCUGCUUCAUGGGAUGGCAGUUAAAAUGGGGUUGGACCUAGAUGCAUACAUUGGUUGUGCCUUAGUUGAUAUGUAUAUGAAAUGUCAAGACGUAUCAUGUGCUCAAAAAGUCUUUCUAAUGUUACCUAUAACAGAUGAGGUAGCUUGGAGUAGUCUGAUAUCCGGAUAUACUCACAAUGAAUGCUUGGAUGAUGCUGUGAGAGCAUUUUGCAAGAUGCAAGAUCAUCGAAUUAGACCUAAUGCAGUGAUUAUAUCAUGUCUCCUUUCACAUUUAUAUUUAAGUUUGCAGUGUAAAGAAAUUCAUGGGUAUGUGAUACGCAGUGGAUUUGAGACCAAUAUUCUUGUGAACAAUUCACUUGUAGUUGCUUAUGCAAAAUGUGGAAACUUGGAAAGCUCGUGGAGAGUAUUUCUUGAGAUGAAGGAGAAAGAUGAAGUUUCAUGGAAUUCGAUGAUGUUGGGGUUAAGCCUACAUGGUCUUGUAGACGAAAUGCUUAUUUUGUUUGACCAGAUGAGAAAGAAUGGCUUGAAGCCUGAUCAUCAAACAUUUACUGCAAUUCUUUCUACAUGUAGUCAUACAGGAAGAGUUGCAGAUGGCUUGAAAUUCUUCAGAAGCAUGACAGAAGAACACAUGCUUGAACCUAAACUUGAGCAGUAUACUUGCUUGGUUGACCUUUUAGGUCGUGCUAAAUAUUUACACCAAGCAUAUGAUUUGAUAAUUGCUAUGCCACACACCCCUGAUGACCGCAUUUGGGGAUCGUUGCUUGGCUCUUGUAAAAUUCACGGUAAUGAGAAGUUAGCUGAAGUUGUAGCUAAUCACAUCUUUGAGUUGAAUCCUGAUAGUAUUGGGUACCGUGUACUCCUUGCAAACUUGUACGAGGACUUGGAUAAAUGGAACGAGGUUGUAACACUCAGAUCCGAAAUCAAAGGUAUGGGACUGAAGAAAAGUCCUGGCUGUAGCUGGAUUGAUGUUGAUAAUCAGAUUCAUGUGUUUACUGCAAGUGAUCAAACACAUGAUCAAGUAGGAGACAUACAUGCCAUGCUUAAAAGUGUGACUGCAGAGAUAAUUAGGAAUGGAUAUAUCCCGCAAUUGUAAUUUCAUGUUAAGUUAAUUUUUAAUUUAUUUAUCUUAUUAGGAUUUUUUCUUUUUUUUUUUGGGAGAGGGCUGUGAAAAAAAUGACUGCUUUGCAGCCCCAUCACCCAUGACAUUGUACACCAUGAUUCAUGAUACUGAUAUCCAAAUUUGUUAUCGCUAA